AUGAUAUCCGCUUCAGCGUCGCCCUCCACCAGGGCUUUGCAGAGCCGCGACAGUUCGCCUUCUCCCCGUCAGCGUCCGCUUGCUCGCAUGUCUUCCAUACAACGGGUCAACACCACCAUUCCUCAAGCGGUCUCGGUCACACCGGCCUCCGCCAAUAGCGCCUCGUCUAUGUCGGUGUUUCCGAGCCCGUACAUAACUUCCCUCCAAUCUUCACCACUGGUCCAUCAGACAGUCAACCAGUCCUCUCAACUCGGGAAUCCUGCUCCUUUCGAGCUGCCCGAGUCUAUCGUCUCAACCUCCCAUGCCUCCCCUCCGCCAAGGGAAUCGUCCACGGGGGCCAAAUCGGUCGGGCUAAUGCGGAAGCUGUCCCAAAGUGCUAAAGACGGUGUCUCUUCCACCCGACAAAUAUUGCGAAGGAAAGCCUCUUCCUCGGCCCAAAAUCGCCGUGAUGAGAGUACUGGUCCUAUCACCAGACGGCGGAGCGACAGCAAGACUGCAGUCUCCAACCCUGCCUUGGAGUCUCCUUCUUUUGACACUCUCCCGCUGGAACUGCAAUCGGGCCUGGGUCUCUAUGACACCAUGAGCAUUUCCAGCGAACCAACCACGUUCCUUGAGACGAGUCCUGAAGGCCAGGCUCCAUGCGUCCCGGAGCGUAUGGUCGCAGGCUGUCUCUUGACCAAGAUCACCAAGAACAAAAAGCAAGAAAAGCUGUUCUUUCUGGACGUCGAGGGUUCCCGCGUAUCAUGGAAAGGUGCGGUCACUACCAAAACUUUCCACAUAGACAAUAUCAAGAGCAUCCGCAUUGGGGAGGAGGCAGCCAGUUACCAGCAAGAACUCCGUGGCGAAGCUGUCGACCCCGAUCUUUGUUUCACGAUCAACUAUACGCCCUCGGACUCUUCAAAGUCAGUCAAGACCUUGCAUCUAGUGGCCCACACUCACGUCGACUUCAAGUUGUGGGUUGACACUUUGGAAAGCCUGUCCAAACAUCGCGAAGAGUUGAUGACCAGUAUGGUCGGCUUCACGGAGCGGGAAUCCGUGAUGCGAGCCCACUGGGCUAGCGAGAUGGCAAAGCGUCCAACCAGGCAGGACAUUGCCAAGUCCGAUGGCCUUGACCUGCCCGCCAUUCAGUCCUUAUGUCGGAAGCUCCACAUCCACGCGCCUGAAAGGGAGCUACAAGAACACUUCAACUCCGCGGAUGUCGACAGGUCGGGGCUUCUUUCGUAUGACCAGUUCAAGGGGUUUCUUCGACGUCUCCGUGAACGCGUCGACAUCAAGAACAUCUUCAACUCCUUGAAAGAUCCCGAUUCCAAAGGGCUGACGAGGUCACAGUUCGUCUCGUUCCUGGAAAAGGUUCAAGGCGUCAAUCUCACGCGACUGUCCGAUCCAAGUGUCUGGGAAGAGAAGAUCAAUCAUCUAGUAGAGACAUCUUUUUCUUCAGAUCCGUCUUUGUUUGGGUUGAUCGAUUCCAACGCGUUUGCUUCUUUCAUCAUGUCGAAGGACUGUCACAUUUAUGCGCUACCCGAAGAACCAAAGCCGGUUUUUGAUCGCCCUCUUAACGAGUACUUCAUCUCCAGCUCUCACAACACAUAUUUGACCGGAUGGCAAGUCGGAGGUACAUCAUCUGCAGAGGCUUACAUCACUGCCCUACGUCAUGGCUGCCGGUGUAUUGAAAUUGACUGCUGGAAUGGCCAGGAUGGAAAUCCCAGGGUGACACAUGGCCGCACAAGGACAACCGCUGUUCUGUUUUCCGACUGCAUCAACGCCAUCCAGCGAUGUGCCUUUGAUGUCUCACCUUAUCCUUUGAUCAUCUCCCUGGAAGUCCACUGUGAUCCAGACCAGCAAGCUAAAAUGGUCCAGACAAUGAUGGAUGUCUUUGGAGAUCGGCUUCUAUUGCACCCUUUGCCUGGCUCCACGACGAAGUUACCAUCACCGGAACAACUCAAGCACAAGAUCCUGAUCAAGGUCAAGUCAACCGAGUUGCACGCGGAUCUCGAGGCUUCUCACCCGGGCGGAUUUGGCCAGCGAGAUCGCAGUGCCAGUUCUCCUCACCGAGGGUUCUUGCCAUCGACAACAUACAGUGCACCCAGCUCGACCUCCGUCAGCAGUCCUGCUCUCAUUACGCCCCCAGAGACCAUUUAUUCUCCAACCGAUCGAUCCGUGACGGCCACAAGCGCAAGCAGUGGUGACGAUGAGAGUGAUGUCCCCGCCGGUUCACUGUCACCCACCGAUAAUCAUCGCCGUCCGCCAAAAUUGAGCAAGGUGGGGUCUUACCUGUCCGAGCUCGGUGUGUACAUGAAAGGCUAUACUCUGCGUGAGGCAAAGGAUUUGAAAUUCCAGCAGUAUAAUCACAUCUUCUCCCUCAAUGAAAAUCGAGCAAUGGAGCUCUGUCAUUCUGCCGAGGACAAAGCCCUUUUCGAAGAUCACAACCUGAACUACAUGUGUCGGGUCUAUCCCAAGAACCUGCGUUUCCAGUCCUCAAAUUUCGAUCCGAAUACAUUCUGGAGGCGAGGGGUGCAGAUGGUGGCUCUGAAUUGGCAAACUUUUGAUGCUCAUAUGCAGAUGAAUCAGGCCAUGUUUGCGGCCGGCACAGACGCCUAUGGAUAUGUCUUGAAACCCGACUAUCUUCGAAAACCACGGACCAAACCGGGGGAUUUCGAACAUCGAGUGAAGCUGCCACGAUACAAGACGAAGUUCUCCGUUCAAAUCAUCUCAGCCCAGCAGCUACCCCGGGCAGCCAAUAUGAGUAAAGACACCCCCCUGAACCCAUUCAUCGAGGUACAAAUGUUCAGUGCCGAGGAUAGAGCACGUGGCAUUGCGAACGGCAGAGGGGGGAAAGAAACUUAUUCAAACGGUUAUCAUGGCAUCGGUUCUCCGUACCGUCGUCAGACGCAGAUCCGAUUUGGCAAUGGCUACAACCCCCAAUUCGGGGAAACCAUCGAGCUAUCGUUGGAAACCAAAUAUCCCGAACUGGUCUUCGUCCGCUUCAUUGUUUUCAAUUCCGAUGACGGCAGACCGAACGGCAAGGGAGUCCGACAACUGGCUGCCUUCACCGCCAAACUCGACAGCUUACAAAAAGGGUAUCGACAUCUACCUCUGUACAAUGGCUACGGCGAAGAAUUCAUCUUCUCCACUCUGUUCUGCAAAAUCGUCAAACAAGCCCCCAAGCUCAUGCCAUGGUCCUUGCAAGAUGUCAACGAAAGGUCCUCGAGAGCUAACAUGUUCCGGGGGAUUCUGUCUCGUGGCCUUUCAGGUGAUCGUAGCAGGGAUCGUGGUUCGAAUUCCAGUGUCGAGGAGCAGCGGACAGCUCGGCAGGCCAAGCUGAACAUCGAGAUUGAGGAGAGAGUUGCCAGACGAUAG